AUGGCGCAGCCCAACAAUGACGAAGACGACUAUGUCUUCCCCGAAUUCACCGAAGUUCCCAACGACGAACGCGACCAUUCCCUCAUGACCAUCACUAAUCCAGCCUCUCCAAUGUGCACAGGCUGGGCGAUGCUUGGGAACUCUGACAGCUCCUCCGAUGCUACAUCUGAACCCAAGGAUGUUAAAGCCUCACCCGACCGGCCUCUCCCAAUUGCUUCCAAUAGCACCGCGUCAGGUUCUAUGGAAAAGCUGCCAAAGCCCGCAUUGACUGCCACGAUCCCCAGACUACCCCCUGUCAUGACGAUGUCCGACGCACUCAGUCAAUUGUUGGACCCCAGUCACUCAACGCCUCAACUUUCGGUUCCAAUGGCUCGGAAGCUGAAUUCCUUGGAGCAUUUCCUAGCUCAAGACUUCAGCGGCGGGAACACGGAGUCUCCGGAAGCCGGCCCCUCGCGAGGAACCGCUACGCAAGGUGGUUUAAAUCCCACUGGAAGUCUUCGCCAAGAGGUUUUGCGCCCCGAACGUAUCUCCCAGAAGGGCAAAGCUUUGGCUAACGAGCAAUACUAUCGCCAGCUUCUCCGAUCCCGGUCCGUUCAAUCCAACUACCGCGUGCGCGACCUCAGAGAACAUGCCGGGAAGGUCCCGGAUCCCGAAUGGCGCUGGUGUGGCUUCCCGUGGUGCCAAAAGUAUGCCUGCCGGCACACUUUUCUUCAGUCAUGGGAGGGCGCAUUCAUCGUCGCCCCUGUUGAUUCAGGAAGAGACUGUGACAUUCUGAAGGAUCUUCUUGACGCCUUCGAGUCUCAGAGGUGGGCAUAUGGCUCAGAACUCCACUGCAGGGUCUCUUUUGCAACAUCUCCUCCUGUCAGGAGCGCCGUUGGCCAGUUUCUAACUCGCUUCACUGGCCGGCCGGGUGCCGUUACAGGAUGGGACAGUGGAGACCACGACGCCGCAGUGAAAUUUUUCACAGACAUGUGCAACACGCACUUCCCCGUCUUGCACUCGCACAACAUCCAGAAGCUUCACGAUGAGAUGGACAAGGAAAUCUCGAAUCUGGACCAUGCUGUCCCUCCUUGGCGCCUCGUUCUUCAGCUCAUCAAGCGGCUCGAGGCGUGGAGACAGCACCAGAUCGGGCAAGGGUACCCAUGGGACUGGCCUUUAUACGACGCCAUGAACAUGUAUCAAGUCAUCCUCGAAACCUAUCGACGGUCAAACGACAAGGGCUUCUCAACUCUAAAGGUCAUGUUACAGGCAGAGCAGGACAAGGCUUGGACGCUUUGGUGGGAUCGCCACCGCCCCUGGACCAGCUGUAAGGUUGCCUUCCUUUCUGGACUUGAAGAGACUGACAAGACGAAUAGGAACUGGAGCCCGGAUGAGAAUCAUGAUGGGUAUGAUGUUUCUGAAGCUAGGAUUUAUGAAGGCGUGGGACAGUAUAAGCCUAAUUGGUGGCCGAACCGGCCAAGAGCGCCUGGAUUCGACGCAUCUCUGGAGCAUUGA